AUGACAGGAAAACCAUCAGAUCUUCGGGACAAAUCCGGGAAGAAGAAGGUGUUAUCGGCGUCAGAUCAAGAGGAGUUGUUUCGUACAAGAUAUGAAAGUCUGAAGGAGGAUCAUGAGAGUCUGAAGGAAGAUUAUGCUAGUCUUGAGGAAAGAUUCAAGCUUGUGGAUGAAAUGAACGACAUGUUGAAGUUGCAUCGGCAGAGUCAAGCUAAGGAUGUUGAGCCGGCGAAUCCUCGCUUGCUCAAGGAUCUCGAGUGUGAGAGUAGUGAGAAGAGCAAGAUGGUUGAGAAGAUAAAGAGGAUGGAGAGUGAGAGAGAGGCUGCGAAGGAGAAAGAGGAGCUGGAGAGGCUGCGUUUUCAGAACAAAGCUAAGGAGCUCGAGGCGGCAAACCUACGCUUGCUCAAGGAACUUGAGAGGGAGAGAAGCGAGAAGGAGAAGAUGAUUGAGGCAAUGAAGAGAAUGGAGAGCGAGAGAGAGACUGUGAACAUGGAGUUGAGGAAUAAGACCGAGGAACUCUUGACUGCGAAUGAGGAGAGGAAGAGGGCGGAGGAUAAGGUUGUUGAGCUAUCAGAGAAAUUUGUCGACGUUGAAAAGGAAUGUGCAGUCGUGAAGUCGCUCUAUGAUGCUGAUAUUGAGAAGCGCACCAACAAUGUGGCUUUAGGCAAUGAUGUUAUUGAGGUUGAUCAUACAGCGAACCAUGUGGGUUACGACGAUGACGUGAUUAUGUUGGAUGACUUUCAUAACGCCAACAACGCUAUGACAGAUGCGAUUGUUAUCAGCGACGAUGAGAGUGAUGCUGUGAAUGAUAAUACUCAGAGAGAGAGCAACGCAAUCCCAGAGAGCAACGCAGUGCCACAAUUUCCUGUUGAUGUAAAACAAGAAGAACAAAGCAGCAAUGGAGCAAACUCAUCACAAGUAACUCCUCCUCCUCCAUCAUCAAACAAAACUCGCAUGUUAUCACCAUCUUCAUCAUCAUCAUCAUCAUCAGACUCAGACGGGUAUCUAUUCUUUAAGGUUCCGGUUAAAAAGCCCCGUGAUGAUUUGAACAAGUCUUGA